AUGACUCUGGAGUCCAUGAUGGCCUGUUGCCUGAGCGACGAGGUGAAGGAGUCGAAGCGCAUCAACGCCGAGAUCGAGAAGCAGCUGCGGAGGGACAAGCGCGACGCCCGCCGUGAGCUGAAGCUGCUGCUGUUGGGCACUGGGGAGAGUGGCAAAAGCACGUUCAUUAAGCAGAUGCGCAUCAUUCAUGGCUCAGGCUACUCUGAAGAGGACAAAAAAGGCUUCACCAAGCUGGUGUACCAAAACAUCUUCACUGCCAUGCAGUCUAUGAUCAGGGCCAUGGAAACCCUGAAGAUUCUCUACAAAUAUGAGCAGAACAAGGCCAAUGCAGUGCUGAUCCGGGAAGUGGAUGUAGAAAAGGUCAUGACAUUUGAGCAGCCAUAUGUAAGUGCAAUUAAAACCUUGUGGAAUGACCCUGGAAUACAAGAGUGUUAUGACAGGAGAAGAGAAUAUCAGCUCUCUGACUCAGCUAAAUACUAUCUCAGCGACGUGGAUCGUAUCGCUACCCCGGGAUAUCUACCAACUCAGCAAGAUGUGCUACGGGUUAGAGUUCCUACCACUGGGAUCAUAGAGUACCCCUUUGACCUAGAGAAUAUUAUCUUCAGAAUGGUGGAUGUUGGAGGUCAAAGGUCAGAACGAAGGAAGUGGAUCCAUUGCUUUGAAAAUGUGACUUCCAUCAUGUUUUUAGUAGCACUUAGUGAAUAUGACCAAGUUCUGGUGGAAUCUGAUAAUGAGAACCGGAUGGAGGAGAGUAAAGCUCUCUUUCGAACCAUUAUCACUUACCCAUGGUUCCAAAACUCUUCUGUCAUCCUCUUUCUCAACAAGAAAGAUCUCUUGGAAGACAAGAUCCUCUAUUCCCACCUCGUUGACUAUUUCCCAGAGUUUGAUGGCCCACAGAGGGAUGCCCAGGCAGCCCGGGAGUUCAUCCUGAAGAUGUUUGUGGAUUUGAAUCCCGACAGUGACAAAAUCAUCUACUCUCACUUCACAUGUGCCACAGACACGGAGAACAUCCGCUUCGUCUUUGCGGCUGUCAAGGACACCAUCCUCCAGCUCAACCUGAAGGAGUACAACCUGGUUUGA